ACAGUGGCCUGUGAAAAUUGCGCUUAUUUGAGAAGAGUCGUGGAAAAGUUGGAGGUUAAAUUGCCACUUUUGAUUAAACAAAAAAGUGACGUUGAAAAAGAUUGCAGUGAGCUGAAAGCCAAAAUACAAAAACUGGAAAAAGGACAGUUUACAUCCAAGAACAUCAGAGAGCAAGAGGACGUUUUCAAGUCAUUCACUGGUUUUCAUCCACUUAAGUUUGACAUUCUUUUUCAAUUUUCAAAUCCUGAUGAGAAUGCUAGUAAUUUGAAAUACUAUGAGCCUUCAAAGAAUGGGUCAGAUGAACCUGAUGAAUGUAAAUUUACUGAAGUAAGUAAGCCUGGUGAGAGCCCUAAAUUGGAUGUGAUUGAACAAUUGUUUAUGUUUUUGGUGUGGUUACGGUGUGGAUUUGGACAGAAACAUCUGGCGUGGUUAUUUGGACUUGGCAAAUCAACCAUUUCACGGUACUUGAUCACCUGGUCAAAUUACUUGUACUUCUGUUUGGGAAAUAUUCCCAUAUGGCCU